GGCUUCGUCCAGCUACACCUGCUCAGCCUGCUCCAGGGCGCUACUCAGGUCCCCCAAGCCGCUUCUACAGCCAACAAAUAAAUUAUCUUCUCUUCGCCAAGCACAACGGUCAUUUUCCACCACCACCCCAACCUGCUAUCACGCGUCCCUCAGACAGUCAGCAGAUGUGAGGCCCGAGGCAAUCAAGAAGCCGCAUCCCGGCGUGGCAUCCGGUGUGACGGGGCUCGCCCAGAGGCUCCGUGAGAAGGCGCCAUUGAUGACCGAAACCUAUGUCGCAUACGGCGCAACAAGAGACCUGAUCAAGGAAUGCACCAGGCCUGGCGAGUACAAGAUACCGCAGGCCUUGGUGAAGCGCGGCGAGAUUCCCGUCGACGACGACGGCGUGCACCUGGGCGAAGGCGAGGGAUGGUGGUAUGACACCCUCGGACUAAAACCGACCUUCUCCAACUGGGCGCAAAUCACCUUCCUCCACAUGUACAUGCUGCAAGUCCGCUUCCGCAUGUUUCCCCAAACUCACGCUCCGGUCUGGAUCCAGCACAUCACCAACCACGCCUUCUACGCCGCCGAAGACCGCCUGGUCAUAUGGCACAAGUUCAAUGCCAACUCGCUGCGCCAGAAGCACCUCAAGGACAUGUUCUCGCAGUGGCGCGCAGUGCUGCUGUCGUAUGACGAGGGGCUCGUCAAGGGCGACGCCAUGCUUGCAGCUGCCAUUUGGAGAAACCUUCUCGGCGCAAAGGAGGACGUUGAUUUUGAGAAGCUGGCUCAGAUUGUGGGAUACAUGAGGAGAGAGCUGAAGCGGCUGGACAAUGCCACCGACGACGAUGUAGCUAACGGCCAGUGGAAGUUCCGCGGCGACCCUGGAGACGAAGCCGGUCUUGUCAAGUCUCCAAGCAGGUUAAUGGCCACCGAGACUGCAAAGGCUUGAGGAGGUGGCUGCGAAGACGAAGCAAAGUGUAUCAUUACUGUAUUUCAUUGUACGAAAGAUAUGACGAAAGCUCACACGAAUCUCAUUAACUACAAGUAUCAUGUACAUAGCAAAUGAAAGCUUGCAGGCACAUGGGUUCACAACUCAAGAGUAGGAUGUAUC